AUGCUCGACAAACUCUUCCGCGCGCACAGCGAGAAAAAUGGCGCGGCGAUGAACGGCGGCGCGGCGAUGAACGGGACGGCCUCGACGAAGGAGAACCCGGGCGUCCGCCGAGAGCUCUCGGAGCGGCCGACGCCGGACAUGUUAAGGCGCACGGACUCCAUGACGGCCUUCCACGCGCAGAAGGAGUUCCAGGACCGCACCGUGUCCAUCGGGAACGACGAAAGAGAGUAUUUUGUCAGUGGCUGUUUGCUAUUACUAGACUGCGCGCGCGGCGAUCUCGAGAGGGUCCACGCGGUGGUCAAGGACUCGCCCACGCUCGUGAACUUCUGGGAUUAUGAUCGGAGAACACCGUUACACGUCGCGUCGUCGGAAGGGCGCGCCGACGUCGUGAAAUAUCUCCUCGCGCACGACGCGCGGCCGAACCGCUCCGACCGGUGGGGCGGCUCGCCGCUCGACGACGCGUUGCGCCGCGGCCACCAGGCCACGGUCGAACUCCUACGGAGCAAGGGCGCGAGAUUAGGCACGGCGGACCACGUGUCCCAACUCAUGGCCGCGUGCAACGCCGGCGACGUCCGGGACGUCGAGGACUGCCUCGCGGCGCCAGGUGCCGACGUCAACGUGAGGGACUUCGACCAGAGGACGCCGCUGCAUCUCGCGGCGGCCGAGGACCAUGAAGAUGUGGUCGCAUUACUACUCAUGAGGGGCGCCAAAGUCGACGUCAAAGAUAGGUGGGGCUGCACGCCGUGUGAUGAUUGCGUCCCGGGCUCGGCGGCGGAAAAGGCGUUGCUCGCGGCCGGCUGCUGCCGCACGGAUAUGACCCAUGACAAGAGCCACGACCCGUUCCGAGCCGAGUCGCCCGAGAAGCGCGACGACGACCAAUUUGUGGUUGACUACCGGGACGUGGAAUUAGGUGAUAGGAUUGGAGGGGGAAGUUUUGGGGAAGUGCACAUGGCGCUCUGGCGCUCGACGCCGGUAGCGGCCAAGGUUAUUAAGUUGAUGCCCGGCGGCGACGCGAAGCAGAAGCAGGCGGCCCUCGAGGACUUCGUGGCCGAAGCGAGAAUUCUGAAGACGCUGCGACACCCGAACAUCUGCAUGCUCGUCGGUUAUGGGAUCGAGCCGGGCCACGAACUUAUAUUGUCAGAGCUCAUGCAGUGCUCUCUCUUGGACUAUUUACGAUCGUUAAGAUCCCACGCCGACGGCAUGCCGAAGCCGCGGGCCAUGCGCUACGCCGUCGAAUUAUCGCGGGGCAUGCGUUAUUUACAUGAACAGACGCCCGCGGUGUUACAUAGAGAUCUAAAACCGGCCAAUUUACUAUUGGACACGUCGAACACCUUGCGGAUCACGGACUUUGGCCUGGCUACUACACGAAGAAGAGGUCGGGACGCCAAGGAUUCCGGGCGGUUAGAAGCUAGAAAGCAGAUCACGAAGAGUGUUACAAGGGUGUCCACCCAAUACGAUUUAACGGGUGCCACGGGAAGCUUCCGGUUCAUGGCGCCGGAGGUCGCGCUGUCCCAGCCCUACGGGCGCAAGUGCGACGUCUACUCCUUCGCGAUGAUUUUUUAUUAUCUCCUCGAUAGUAGGAGCCCGUGGGCGAAUAAAGAUGGAGAGACGGCCGCGCGCCUCGCGAUCUCGGGCGCGAGGCCGGAUAUUCGGAGAGACUGGGAUCCUAGGGUGGUCAAGGUCUUGACGGCCUGCUGGGCCGACGAGCCCAGGUUAAGGCCCUCCUUCCGCGCCGUCAUCGAGAUGAUCGAAGCGGCCGACGUCGACGUCGAGGUCAUCGUCCAGGCCGGUUUAGAUCAAAGUGUCCACACGACGAAGUCGAAGAAUCUGCGGCGGGGUUCGAUACAGUCGCGCAAGCGCGUCGCGAAGAAGCAGCCGUCUCCGGCGGCAAUGCCGAGCUUCUACCAGCACCAGGCGGGCGGCCAUCACCAGCCGCCCGACCGGCAGCAGUCCAUGGACAACUGCAAGUGUACCAUCUGCUGA